GUCGGUCUGUCCUGCGGAGAGCAAUCCACGUCCAUGGUCCCUGCUCUGCCCGCCCGCUGCGCAUCUGCCCUUCUCCUCUGACUCCGCCCCGCAUCUGUCCGGAACCGCCUCCCGCCUGAGCUGACCCAGUGCGUGUCUGCCAGUCAGUCCCUCCGGACCUGCCGCGAGUCUCAGACUGCUGAAAUUACCGCGCGUCACUCGGUCCGUACCCGCCUCAACAGUGAUUCUGAGUCUGCUUUUAGCUUCCUUCUCCUUGGCUUUCUUCUGUUUGUGAACAGCUGCUUGGCCCAUAGCUUAGAGAAAUCAGCCUUCUUUUCUCUCCCAAGAGAGCCACCUCCCUGUACUCAGAAAGAUGGGGAGUGGAGAGCCUAAUCCUGCUGGCAAGAAAAAGAAGUACCUAAAGGCUGCCCUGUACGUGGGUGACUUGGACCCAGAUGUCACGGAGGACAUGCUUUAUAAAAAGUUCAGGCCUGCUGGCCCUCUGCGCUUCACCCGAAUCUGCCGUGACCCUGUCACCCGCAGCCCCCUGGGCUAUGGCUAUGUUAACUUCCGCUUUCCUGCAGAUGCUGAGUGGGCCCUGAAUACCAUGAAUUUUGAUUUGAUUAAUGGCAAACCUUUCCGCCUCAUGUGGUCUCAGCCAGAUGAUCGCUUAAGAAAGUCUGGAGUUGGAAAUAUAUUCAUCAAAAACCUGGAUAAAUCCAUAGACAAUAGGGCCCUUUUUUAUUUAUUUUCUGCUUUUGGGAACAUUCUCUCAUGCAAAGUCGUAUGUGAUGACAAUGGCUCUAAGGGUUAUGCCUAUGUGCACUUUGACAGCCUGGCUGCUGCCAACAGAGCCAUCUGGCACAUGAAUGGAGUGCGGCUUAAUAACCGCCAGGUGUAUGUUGGCAGAUUCAAAUUCCCAGAAGAGCGGGCAGCUGAAGUCAGAACCAGGGAUAGAGCAACUUUCACCAAUGUUUUUGUUAAAAACUUUGGAGAUGACAUGGAUGACGAAAAACUGAAGGAAAUCUUUAGUGGAUAUGGGCCAACUGAGAGUGUUAAGGUAAUAAGAGAUGCCAGUGGGAAAUCUAAGGGCUUUGGAUUUGUGAGGUACGAGACACACGAGGCUGCCCAAAAAGCUGUAUUAGACCUGCAUGGAAAAUCCAUCAAUGGGAAAGUUCUAUAUGUAGGGCGAGCACAGAAGAAAAUUGAACGAUUGGCUGAGUUAAGACGAAGAUUUGAACGGCUGAGAUUAAAAGAAAAAAGUCGGCCUCCGGGGGUGCCUAUCUAUAUUAAGAACCUGGAUGAGACCAUCGAUGAUGAAAAACUGAAGGAGGAAUUUUCUUCCUUUGGAUCAAUUAGCCGGGCCAAAGUGAUGGUGGAAGUAGGGCAAGGCAAAGGGUUUGGUGUUGUCUGCUUCUCCUCUUUUGAAGAUGCUACCAAAGCAGUGGAUGAGAUGAAUGGUCGCACAGUGGGCUCCAAGCCCCUGCAUGUUACCCUGGGCCAGGCCAGGCGCAGGUGGUGAGAAUAAGAAUGCUCAAUUUGUUUCAGCCUUAAGCUGGUGCCUACUUAGUUUGGGCUACUUUGUGAUAAGAGGUUAUUUUAUUCCAGGUUAUUUUUUUUUAAGUGAAUAUUUUCUUUUGAAAAAAAAAAAAGUAAAACUAGAAAACCUUGUUCAUUUUAGUGAAGAACAUAAUUUCUAAUUGUAAAACUGUCAUUUUGUACUAUUUUUUGAUAAAAUAUCCUUAGAAAUAUGUAGAAUAAAAUUCAUCCCUCCACAUACUGUUUUUUUUCCUAAACCAGUCCAGGUAAGGUAAUUGGUUGAACAUAGGUUCCUUCCUUAUUCCAGUUAUAAUACUAAUGUAAUUGCUUCUGUGAAAAUAUUCUCAAGAUGGACAUUAUUUCUGAAUCUAUCACACAUAAAACUUCUGACUUUCUUUUUGAGAAAUCAGUAGAGCAGGCGAAAAUGUAUGUGAUCCACUUAACAUUUGUGCAUAAUUUUACCUUAUUAUUUAAAGUGAAUGUUAUUUUAAAGAGAUGUGAGUUUCUUUAUUUAUACUUUUUUUUCCCCUUUUCUGAUAUAUUGUGGGCAUACCACAGAGUUGGCAGUGGCUUUGACUAAGUGUCGGGAGUUUUCUUUAACUUCAUGCCCAGAGAAAUAAACAUAUUGGUGUUUUCUCAAUCAGUACCUUAGGAAACUAACACUUAAAGCAUUAUUAAAAUGAGUUUCACCUUAAAAAUCUGAGAGAUUUAAUAUAUGAGGAUGUCUAAGGAGCAUUCUUGCCACUCAUUUUUUUAAAUUCUUUAGUAGUAUAGAUGGGUCAUGUUAAAAUAAUGAAAAAGAUGAAUAAGUGCACUGAAUUGCCUUUACCUAUAGAUAAUUUUAAAAUUUUACCUCCGCCUCUAUAAAGUGUCAAUAUAAGGGUAAAUAAUCCAUACAGUGAUGUUGAAAAACUACAUUGAAGAAUAUCUUCAAUAUUAAACUUGUCAUUAUCUCUUGUAAAUUUUUUAAUAUAUCCCUGUGAUAAUAUUCACAUAUGUAUCAAAAGUAAGGAAAAGCUUGCCUCUCUUGAUUAAAUCAUAUGCCUCCGUCUAUUAUAUGAGAGCUAUUAAUCCAGUAUGGUUCUCUUUAUGUCUGGCUGCUUGGAAGUUGUGACAAAAUGUUCUGUUCUAUAUUGCAGUUACAUUAUUUAGCCUGUAAUUUCUUGAUUACGGAUUUUCCAUAUUUUACUUGUAGUCCCCUCUUUUCCCCACCCAUCUACCUUCCAUCCAUAUUAUACUUACUUUUAUGUUUUCUUUAGAUUGCCUUUCAUUUAAUAUGUGGGUGUUCAAAUCCAUUUUGGAAGUAGAGAAAUUAUUACUUAAUUUGUGUAAAACUUAAAUAAUUACUUUUUAAAAAUAGGAUUCACUCAUAUCACAGAUCCAACGUAAGAAAAUGUUUUGUCUCUAUUCUUAAUUGGCUUUUAUUAUGUUAUAUAGAAAUCUUAGGUUACAUACAUAAUGCAAUAUAAAUAUAUAAUUUUAUUAACACUUUUGUUAGCUAUGUGCCCAUAAAAUAAUGGGAAAAAUCUGUUUCUGUGUAACUGUUUAUCCAGAAAUUACAUUUAUAUUCAUUAUCAAGUAUUUUCAAAUGGAAAUCACUGUUUUUGUUGAUCAUAUACAUAAUACAUGGUCAUUUAAAAAAUGUACACAAUGCAGACAUUUAUAGAGAAGUAAAAUUUCCACAGGACAGAGAUAACCACUAUUAGUGUUUUCAAUGCAUACAUAUACUUCCAUGCCCUUUCUCCUAUGUAUACACACAAUAUUUUACAAACAAACAGAAAACAUACUAUAUGUACUGUGUUUUGUUAAAUUGUAAACUAAAACAUAAUCUUUUUAUGUCAAUAAAUAUCGAUCUGUAUCAUCA